UUAAAUUCAAAUAGAAAUGUCAGAGGGCCUUGCCAAAUUAAUCAGUCAGUUGCUGCCAAAAACUUUCUUCACAGAAAUAGCCCAAAAUUUGUCCGUCCAAAAUGUCUUUAUUCUUGGAUGUUGUCCAGCGACUUGUGCUCCAAAAAGCCUAUGAAUUGACCCAGUGUGCUGCAUACCGCGUGCUUGGAAAAUGCAUCAAGCUUGAUGAAGAUACUUGUAAGCGGACGACAAGUUCAAAUGGAAUCCCAAUCAAAAGCCCACGGCCAGAGCCUCCUGCGAAGCCCAUGACGCCAAAUAGGGAAGGCCAAGUGCCAGAGCCUCCUGGAAGAGAGCAUUUUGCGCAACCCAACAUGGCAGAUAUGGCAAAGACAGGGAGCCAGUCAGAGAUUAUCUGGCAGUUCAAUGAUGAACGCGACAUUCCGCGUAACAACAGCGGCCUGAUCGAUCCGCCACAGAUGUCGUGCAUGCGCGUGUGCCGCGACAGCUACUUCUCCUAAGCCGCAAAGCAAGUGAAAUACAAGGCCUGCCAUAGAUUAAAAACAAUUGCAACUUUAAUAGAAUGGAGAUAAAGAAAGGACGAUCCACAGUGCUCGGGAUCUGGCAACGCAUCUCGCGACAUUCUGAAUUCUCGCGCAUAAUUAUCAAAUGUAACACUAAUAACAGUUUUGGUAGCAACUAA